AUGCUGAGGUCCACCGGCAGCUGCCUCCUGCUGGUGCUCGCCCUGGCGGCGAGCCACCUGCUGCUCGCCGCCGUGGACGGCGCCGGCUGCGAGCAGAGCGGCACGCUCCGGCCGAGCCAGAGCCAAUCGUGCGAGGGCUGCUGCAAGGCCGGGGAGGCGUACCCGACGUACCGGUGCUCGCCGCCGGUCUCCUCCUCCACCGGAGCGGUCAUGACGCUGAACGACUUCGGCGAGGGCGGCGACGGCGGGGACCCGUCGGAGUGCGACGGCGCGUUCCACAACAACACCGAGCUGGUGGUGGCGCUGUCCACGGGUUGGUACAGCGGGAGCUCCCGCUGCGGCAGGAACAUACGGAUCGAAGCCAACGACGGGUCCGUGCUCGCCAAGGUCGUCGACGAGUGCGACUCCGUGAACGGGUGCGACCAGGAGCACGCCUUCCAGCCGCCAUGCCGCAACAACAUCGUCGACGCAUCCCAGGCGGUGUGGGACGAGCUCGGGAUCACCGGCGACGAGGUCGGCGAGUACGACAUCACUUGGUCGGACGCAUGACUUUCGUACCUACUUAGCCGCCGGUGGAACUACAUAAAUAGCUGACCGGUAACAUGGUGAAUAAACUGCAAGCUGCAGCGAAUACAUUUUUUUUAACACAAA